UUUUUUUUUUUUGGUUUUGUUUUUGGUCAGGGAGCAUUUCCGGUUCUGACCAGAGCAGAGUCUGACCACAAACACCAGAGCCUGGGUUCAUGUCUGUAAAACCAACCUGUCUACAGAAGGAACGAACUCCCACGUGUUUAUGAGGAGGAGGGAGACGCUCUCUGGAACAACAGGAACCAGAAACAGCUCUGAUUAUAAACAUCCAGACUAAACUCUGGACCAGGCAGGAGAUUGAGUGUUUUCCACUGAAGGAGGAGAACCUUCUGGUGUGUUUUCUGAGAACAGCUGGGUCCAGUUUCAGGAAGAAAUGGAUGGUCGGCGUGGACCAGUUCAGACAAACUUCCACCCUGCAGAAUUCUCAGAGCAUCAUGUCUAUACGGAGGAUGGGGUACUCAUGGACCAGCAGCUCUGGAACCAGGAUAGAAACUGCAGUCUGGACCCUGAGGAACUAGAACCUCAGCAGAUUAAAGAAGAACAGGAGGAACCAGAUCUUCCACAAAUUAAAAAGGAACAGGAGGAUCCAGAUCUGGAGAUCAGCCGGAGAACUACAGUAAAGUUAACUAGAAUAGACAAUGAUGGCCAAUACCGCUUACGCGAACGCUGCAAUGCCUCCUCAGUACCAGCUAUGGCUUCAGCCUCCUCUCAAGCCCCCAAGCUCAAGAAGAAAAGGGCCAAGAAGACUGCAUUCUCUCUAGACGCUGAGGAGGAGAAGUCCAUGCUGGAGUUCCUGCAGGAGUUCCCCAUGCUCUGGGACAUCAAACGCACAGACUACAGGAGGAAGGAAAAGAAGAACAAGCUGUGGGAGGACCAGGGCGAGAGGAUGGGCAAGCCUGCCUAUUACCUGAGGGGCUGGUUUAAGUCCCUCAGGGACAACUACACCCGCCUCAGCAAAAGGAAAAGGGAACAUGUGGCCCCCAACCCGACAGAGAGGGAGCAGUGGGUGAUGGACAACUUCAGCUUCAUGAAAGCUGUGACCAGACACCGGCCUGUGUACACUGUAAAGACUGCUCCUGCUGCUCAACCCAGCAACCUGGUGGCUGCAGAAGCUGCUCUUGAGGAGCUGGCCGAUGCUGAUGAUAGGACCUCCUCCCCUACCUGUUCCACCAGCACAGUGCACAGGGACACGAGAGCCCAGGAGGAAGACCUUCUACAGUCUCUCCGGAAGGGGAUGCAUCAGUCUUGGGAGCGACUGAAAUGUCUCAGACAGCCACAGUCCAUCAGUGAGCGCACAGUUUUUGCAAACUACGUUUGUGAUAGCCUCCUUACGAUGAACAAACGCAAGUUUAGGAAGGCGAGGUCUGCUAUCAGCAAAGUGCUCUCCCAGGUGUUGGAUGAGGACAGUGAGGAUGACCCGCAGACUCUCCCCUCUGUGCCGCACGACAUGCCUCCUCCAGCACGCCCCAUUUCAGCACAAGCUGACUGCAGCUCAUCCCUGUCUGAGAUGUACCAGCCGCCUCCCAGCAUGUGGAGACACGGGGCACCUCAGGCCUCAGUGUGGGCCUCGGCCACCCCAGAAUACAUGCAGUAGUUUAUACGUAGUAUGAAGUAUAACCAUUCCUACAGCAGGAGCAGAACGUGACAGUAACAUUCCUGCAGCCAGCAUGGCAGGAAAUCAGUGAUUGUUUUUUCCAGUAACUCUGGGUUCUGCUGCCCAGGUCCUGAACCAGAACCCCACUCACAUCAAUCCACUAUCAAGGCUGGUUUAAACUUCGAGUCGCACAUCUUGUUCCCCCUGCUGAGUGACGUAAGAAUUGCAUAACUUCUGUCUAUCAAGCCAUCAUGUGCAUUAUCCCCAGUCAGAACUCUGCGAUGCAGACCUAGUGGCUCACAGUGUGUGAUUGGUCAGAACUUUGUGGGCGUGUUUGUUUACGAGGAGUAACGCAGCGCUGAGGAGCAGGACCAGAGCAGCUCUUCUUUCUGUGUGUCAUUUUGUUGAAAAUGAUCUGUUCUUUGAAGAGAAGCCAGGCUGAGAUGAUUUGGACAUGUGUUGAGGAGGGAUAGUGGAUAUAUUGGACAAAGGAUGUUGGAGAUGGAGCUGCCAGGCAGAAGAGGAAGACCGCAGAGAAGAUUCAUGGAUGUAGUGAAAGGGGACAUGGAAAUGGUUGGUGUAACAGUAGAGGAGGCAGGGGAUAGGAUGAGAUGGAGGCAGAUGAUCCUCUGUGGCGACCCCUAAAGGGAGCAGCCGGAAGACAAAGGAGAAGACGUGCUAAAAGAUUAACUACUUAUUUUAAGCAAUACUAAAGAACAACUUGACAAGUUGCUGAACAUU